CCGGCUGGACGUGCCUGCUGCCGCUGCUGCUGUGCACCGCGCUCCGGAGCCUGCGGGCCAGCCCCGGCAGCGAGGUGAAUUUACUGGACUCACGUACAGUAAUGGGGGAUCUAGGAUGGAUAGCAUACCCAAAAAAUGGGUGGGAAGAAAUUGGUGAGGUGGAUGAAAACUACGCUCCGAUACACACAUACCAAGUAUGCAAGGUAAUGGAACAAAAUCAGAACAACUGGCUUCUGACCAGCUGGAUCUCUAAUGAAGGGGCAUCCCGCAUCUUCAUUGAGCUGAAAUUCACCCUGAGGGACUGUAACAGCCUUCCAGGAGGACUUGGGACUUGCAAAGAGACUUUUAACAUGUAUUACUUCGAAUCAGAUGAUGAAGAUGGGAGGAACAUCAAAGAAAACCAGUACAUCAAGAUUGAUACUAUUGCUGCUGAUGAGAGUUUCACAGAGUUAGACCUUGGCGAUAGAGUUAUGAAGCUAAACACAGAGGUGCGAGAUGUUGGGCCCUUAACAAAAAAGGGAUUUUACCUCGCUUUCCAGGAUGUGGGUGCCUGCAUUGCCCUGGUCUCCGUGCGCGUGUACUACAAGAAGUGCCCAUCAGUAAUCCGCAACCUGGCCCGCUUUCCUGACACCAUUACAGGUGCGGAUUCCUCACAGCUUCUGGAGGUGUCAGGUGUCUGCAUCAACCACUCAGUGACUGAGGAGGCACCAAAGAUGCACUGCAGUGCUGAGGGGGAAUGGCUGGUGCCCAUCGGGAAGUGCUUAUGCAAGGCAGGGUACGAGGAGAAGAACAACACCUGCCAAGUAUGCAGACCUGGGUUCUUCAAAGCUUCACCCCACAGUCCAUCCUGCAGCAAAUGUCCCCCCCACAGCUACACGCUUGAUGAAGCAUCCACAUCUUGCCUGUGUGAAGAACACUAUUUUAGGAAGGAAUCAGACCCACCUACAAUGGCCUGUACAAGACCCCCCUCUGCUCCUCGGAGUGCCAUCUCAAAUGUUAACGAGACUAGUGUCUUUCUGGAAUGGAUUCCCCCUGCUGAUACUGGUGGAAGGAAAGAUGUGUCUUAUUAUAUUGCAUGCAAGAAGUGCAGCUCACACUCGGGUCUGUGUGAGGCGUGUGGCGGUCAUGUCAGGUACCUUCCCCAGCAAACCGGCCUGAAAAACACCUCUGUCAUGAUGGUGGAUCUACUUGCUCAUACAAACUAUACCUUUGAAAUUGAGGCAGUGAAUGGAGUGUCCGACCAGAACCCCGGAGCCCGGCAGUUUGUGUCUGUAAAUGUAACCACAAACCAGGCAGCACCUUCUCCAGUCAGUAGUGUGAAAAAAGGGAAGAUAACUAAAAAUAGCAUCUCCCUUUCCUGGCAGGAGCCAGAUCGACCCAACGGCAUCAUCCUGGAAUACGAAAUCAAAUAUUUUGAAAAGGACCAGGAGACGAGCUACACCAUCAUCAAAUCCAAGGAGACAGCAAUUACGGCAGAUGGCUUGAAACCAGGUUCAGCGUACGUCUUCCAGAUCCGAGCCCGGACGGCUGCCGGCUAUGGUGGCUUCAGCCGAAGAUUUGAGUUUGAAACCAGCCCAGUGUCAGUAGCUGCAUCCAGCGACCAGAGCCAGAUUCCUAUAAUUGUUGUGUCUGUAACAGUGGGAGUCAUUCUGCUGGCUGUGGUUAUCGGUUUCCUUCUCAGUGGAAGUUGCUGCGAUCAUGGCUGUGGGUGGGCUUCUUCUCUUCGUGCUGUUGCCUAUCCGAGCCUAACAUGGCGAUGUGGCUAUAGCAAGGCUAAACAAGAUCCAGAAGAAGAAAAGAUGCAUUUUCACAACGGCCACAUUAAGCUGCCUGGAGUAAGGACCUACAUUGAUCCCCACACCUAUGAGGACCCUAAUCAAGCUGUCCACGAGUUUGCUAAGGAGAUUGAAGCUUCAUGCAUAACUAUUGAAAGAGUUAUUGGAGCUGGUGAAUUUGGGGAAGUCUGCAGUGGGCGGCUGAAGCUGCAGGGAAAGCGUGAGUUUCCAGUGGCUAUCAAAACCCUGAAGGUGGGCUACACAGAGAAACAGAGGAGAGAUUUCUUGGGAGAAGCAAGCAUCAUGGGGCAGUUUGACCACCCCAACAUCAUCCACCUGGAAGGCGUCGUCACAAAAAGCAAACCAGUAAUGAUAGUGACUGAAUAUAUGGAGAAUGGUUCUCUGGAUACAUUUUUAAAGAAGAAUGAUGGGCAGUUCACAGUCAUUCAGCUGGUUGGGAUGCUACGAGGCAUUGCAUCAGGAAUGAAGUACCUGUCUGACAUGGGUUAUGUACACAGGGAUCUGGCUGCCAGGAAUAUCCUGAUCAACAGUAACCUAGUCUGCAAGGUGUCAGACUUCGGCCUCUCCAGAGUCCUAGAAGAUGACCCUGAAGCAGCAUACACAACCAGGGGAGGGAAGAUCCCCAUCCGAUGGACAGCACCUGAAGCAAUUGCCUUCCGCAAAUUCACAUCGGCCAGCGACGUCUGGAGCUAUGGCAUAGUAAUGUGGGAGGUGAUGUCCUACGGCGAGAGGCCUUACUGGGAAAUGACAAACCAAGAUGUGAUUAAAGCUGUGGAGGAAGGCUAUCGCCUGCCAAGUCCCAUGGACUGCCCUGCUGCUCUUUACCAACUAAUGCUCGACUGCUGGCAGAAAGACCGCAACAGCAGGCCCAAGUUUGACGAAAUUGUCAGCAUGUUGGACAAGCUCAUCCGUAACCCAAGCAGCUUGAAGACGUUGGUUAAUGCAUCGAGCAGAGUAUCAAAUCUGUUGGUGGAGCACAGUCCAGUUGGGAGUGGUGCCUACAGGUCGGUGGGUGAGUGGCUGGAAGCCAUCAAAAUGGGCCGAUACACAGAGAUCUUCAUGGAGAAUGGAUACAGUUCAAUGGAUGCAGUGGCUCAGGUGACCCUAGAGGAUGAAUCACCUUGUGAAAAGUGGAGCCUCACCCUCCACCCCCUCUUUCCAACUGGAUAUCAGACUUGAAGGGAACCUUUCCAGUGGACCAGACCUGCUCUUUAAACUUGUGGACCACCUAGUGACUUUGAGUGUGUCUGGAGCUCUUUCAAUCCACUGCAAGAAUAACUUUACAAGGACAAUACUCAAGAAUAGAUAGAUCCAUGACAUGAGUUUCAGUCUGAUCCUUGACUGGACCAAUUACUAACCAUGUGGACUACAUAUUUUCACCUUUUGAAAGAUCUGUACUCACUGAAUCUCAGGACACCCUGUUGUUUGUUAUUAGAUGAAGAGCUCUGAAUAUUUGUAAUAACAUGUGCUGUGUUGCUUUGCAUUGUAUAUAUUUUUUCUUCUAAAAUAAAAUAAAUUAUUUAUUAAAUGUUAUACUGAAUGAAGAGCAUUUAAGAGUUCACCUGCUCUAGAUGCUUAUUUUUAACCUGAAAUCUCAGUCCUGAGAUUGUGAUGCUGUGUCUGCUUCUGAACAAAUUCUCAUCUUGUAAUCAAGUAGAACAGGAAUUAUGAAUAAGAGCAGAUGAACUCUUAAAACAAUUUUUUUUAAGUUCCUCAUUUCAUGCAAUAGUCCCUAGCAAGUGGAUUCCUCUCUCUUUAGCAUCGUCUGAAGGUCUUUGAGGUUCUUCUUGUUUCCCCCCCAUUCAAACUGACAACUCACUAACUCCAUGAGUAGUCCCAGUCUGCAUGAGCAAUUGUAGUAAUACCAGGCUCAGAAGAGUGGUGAAAUCUGGCCUGGAUGGGAGAUGAAAUACAAAACAUCUGUGAUAGGCUGAUGGCUGCCAGCCAUGGAGAUCAUUCAGGAACCUGUCCCUUUUUCUUGCAUGACUAACUGGCUGGUGAGGGGGUUGUGUUUUAUGUGGAAAUCCAGUCCUAGUCUACACUGUGUUUGGCAAACUGGUCCAUGGUGUACAAGUAGUUCUAUUUGUAAAUAAAAUGUUUUAAAUAUAUUUCUUACAACAUGGAGACUGUGAAUUCAACCCGUGCAAAUGGAGGAUAUAGCAGGGAAGGGGAUACCGUGUUGUCACUGUCACGUUGCAGCUGGACUUCUGUGUAAGGCUGUGGUAAGAGAGCAGCAUGCGUGCAGCAGUAUACAGGCUGUUUGGGAUGAGCCCACACCAAUUUUCCCCUUUAUUUCCUUCGCUUUUUGGUCACCUUAGAUCAGCCUUUUAGUACCGUGUUGACAAGGGAUUCGAAUUCCUGCUUGGUUUCAUUUUCAGCCCAGUGUGACUGAAAGAAAUGAAAAGGGGAGAUUUUCUCCCUAAAAUAAGAAUAAAAGUUGUCUCAUGGCUGGGGAGGUCAAGUAUUUUGAAGCAGGGAGGCCACACAGCACUGGGGUACACGUAUCUCUGCUGCAGCAGCACACACAAAACCCAGCACCAGGGAUUGGGUCACUCCCACAGCAAGGUGCAGCCUGUAUCCUGAUUACAAGUGUUGUUUGCCCACGGGUCUUAGCUGUGCCUUUUCUCCCUCUGCAGAGCUGAGCCCAGUGAAAUUACCACUUGGCUGCAGUAACAUGAGCCAGACAGCUCUGGACUGGAGCUUGAGAACAGCUGUUUUGCAGCCCUUUGGUACAGAAGUUGCUGGGAGGUUUUUGUCCCCAAACAAGCUGGUUUGCUCACCCAAUUCUGUUUAAAAUUGACUUCUGCCUUAUGCUGCUUCAAGUCCUUCAGCACUGGAUGCACAGGAGGGUGCAAUGUCCUGUAAGUCAUGCUUAAAAAUGGGAAUUAAAGCUCCUAUGUUCUCUGGGCAGUUUUUGGAAAGUUUUGUUGUUGUCUUUGCUAUGCGCAAGGUGGCUUUUGAAUAAAGCUGCUGAUUUUAUACUAGGUGAGCAUCUGGCUCAGGAGCUUUGUCUUCUGGUUCAUCUGUGCAGAGGUGAAAGACCCCAUGGUACUGUUUUUUGCCUCUCUGAGGAGUCCCCAUGCCUUUGGCUGGUGGCUUCACAUUCGAGAGGAUUUGAUAUUCCAAAAAAAAAUAGACUGGAUCCCCUGGUGAGCAGCUAAUGGAUUGAAACCAGAAACUCUUUCUUUCUUCUUUCCCUCUUGUAAAUCAAUGAGGCAAUCCUCAAGGAUAUUGAGUUAAGGGGAAACUAUAUGGGGGGGAAAAAAGGCUUUGUAGUGAGUAGGCAGUUUUUUAUUAGACUGAUGGGGCUGUGUGUGAAAUGUGAAGACAUACAUGCCUUUCUCAAGGUUUCGGGCUAUUUUUUUCGGCACAACAUGCAAGAGUAUCAGAAAUUAUACAUCUCUGAGGUACAUGCUACUGGAUUUUCAAAAGAGCUCAGCUUGCAUUUUAGAUACCUGAAAAAGAAAGCUGAAUUUUCAAAAAGUGCCAGCAGAGCAGCACUCAGCAGGGGGAAGAUGGAUGUUGGCUCUUUUAAAAAUCAGGUCCUAUACUGUGUUGGUUUUUGGGUUUGUUGGGGUUUUUUGUUGGUUUUUUUUUAUC